GUUGACUCACGUUUUAUGACAGGUUGAGAAAAUCCAGAUAAGAGCAUUCAAGAUGAAUUACUUUUCUUUAAGUGUUUUUAUGAUGUUAUUUUCAGUAGGCGGUGGAGAAUCAUGCACAAAUAUGAGUGAGAAUCAACACUACUCGUGCAUGGGAAGAAACCUCAGCUACAUCCCAGCUAGUAUACCCUCUUCUGUUCACACACUGGAUUUCAGCUUUAAUGUCUUGAAACACUUACAGAAAACUGUAUUCCCAGUUCUGCCUUUUCUGCAAGUUCUUGAUCUGUCAAGAUGUCACAUCAAACGCAUAGAAAAUGAUUCUUUCUACAAUGUGAGGAAUUUAACUUCUUUGAUUCUGACUGGAAACCCCGUUACACAUUUUGGACUUGAAUGUUUUAAUGUUUUACAUAAUUUAACCAAGCUACAGGAACUUAAAGUGGGAACAAAUAAAAUUCAGUCCAUGACUCUCCCUUCAUUCAUGAGCACCUUCACACACUUCAGUUUACUCGAUCUACAUGCCAAUAAUAUAUCCAUCAUAAAGUCUGACCACACCGCUGUGUUACGAGAGAUUGGCAGAAAUAUGACUUUAAUACUGUGUAGAAAUCCAAUAUUACACAUAGAACCAGGAGCUUUCAAAGACAUUUAUCUGAAAGAGCUGGACAUACGGUCUGCUUUUGUCUCAUUUGCUGCUCAAAAAGUUUGUCUAAAUGCUCUCUAUGGUCUUACUGUCAAAACGCUUGUGUUUGGAAGGUAUAAGGGCACACACUGGUUUUACUCUGUUGAUCCUGACUUUUUAGAAGGUCUUUGCUCUAUACAUUUUCAGGAUAUAUAUUAUUAUAUAACAUUGAGACCCAGGGAUCAAUUGAAUAUUUUUAAUUGUAUGAUUAAUGCUACAAAAGUAGUGGUCAAAGGAGGAGUGUUCCAUAAGUUCCCAACUGUACAUUUUUCGAAAAUUAAAGAACUUAACAUGCUUUCAAAUUUAUUAGAGGCAUUGCCAGGUAAAUCAUUUCAUCAUCUCCAAACAUUAGAAAAACUGGUAAUAAGAAACAGCAAAAUUGUCCAAGUUGAGACGUUAGCGGACAUGCCCAAACUUCAAUAUGUCGAUUUGAGUUCCAACCAAAUUGCAUAUCGAGGAUGCUGCACAACACUGCUGUCAGGCACACCUCAAAUCAAAAACUUGAAUAUGAGUCUAAAUUCAGAAAUAGGUUUUUCAGCAGGAGCAUUUGAUGGUCUUGAUUCCCUUGAGAUUCUGGAUUUCCAUCAUACAAGUCUUAUUGGUAUGGGAUACCUUUCAUGUUUAGCUAACUUAAAGAAUUUGAAGUAUCUGGAUAUUUCUUUUGCAAGCAUCACCUUUUUUAAUAUAUUUUCUUUUCGUGGGCUGAUCAGUCUUAAUGUUCUAAAGAUAGCUGGCAAUCAUUUCACGCUGUCUGUAUUAAGAUAUUUAUUUAAUAACUUCACAAAUUUAGAGUAUCUGGAUUUGUCAUAUUGCCAUUUAGCAGAAUUACACCCAAACUCUUUCAAAGAUCUUCAAAAUCUUCAAAUGUUGAUUCUCAGUGGAAACAAGUUAAUGACUGUAGAUUUUCUCACCUUUUCAAACUUGGAGAAAUUAACAUCACUUUAUGUAAAUAAAAACAGCAUUACUAGUAUUUCACUUGAUGUUCUCCAGAAGUUACCCACAAACCUUUCAGUGUUCGACUUGUCCACUAAUCCCAUCGAAUGUUCCUGUGCUCACACAGAUUUUAUUUUGUGGAUUAUCGAACAUCAAGGAAUUUUGGAGCAGCCGCAAAACAUAUUAUGUAAAUCCUUUUCAGCAAGCUCAAAUUUUCCAGCUAUUGAUUUUGACAUUAACAGGUGUGUGUACAACACAAGACUCACAGUUAUUUUAUUGAUCUGUUGUGUGAUAGCAGUUACAGUUUUAUCAGCUGUGGUUUAUAGAUUCCAGUUUCAUCUGAAAUACUGCUGUAUACUACUGAAAGGUUAUAAGUUACCCAAACAACAAGAAUGUUCCUAUGAUGCCUUUGUGAUUUUCUCAAGCUAUGAUGAAAUGUGGGUCAUGAAUGAACUGGUGGAAAAUCUGGAGAACGGUGUUCCACCUGUUCACCUUUGCCUUCACAUGCGAGACUUUGAACCCGGCAAAUCCAUCGCCUCCAACAUUAUAGAUGAAGGAAUAAUGGGUAGCCAGAAGGUGAUUGUGGUGGUGUCUCAACACUUCAUUGAUAGUGCCUGGUGUCGCUUUGAGUUUGAAUUAGCUCAGUCCUGGUUUGUGAUGGAACGAAAUGCCAACAUCAUCAUCAUCAUUCUGGAAGAUGUGCAGGAGAGAAAAACGAAAAAAGUGUUUGGUCUUCAUAAACAUCUGAAAAAGAACACAUACCUGAAAUGGAGCAGAGAUCCUCUGAGUAACAUGAGAUUCUGGAUUCGACUUCGGAAAGCUGUUAUUGCUACAAAGAAAUAA